AUGGCCGCCGAGAUGAUGAAGCGAUCCUCUGUGCUCGAUACCACCGACUUUCUGUCGGACGAUGAGCUACCCGACGACCUCAUAGUGUACAACGUGCCGUACACGCGGCCACUCCGGUCACUGGCGCAGCGCGAGCAGGCAUACCGGCCAUCGCCGCUGCGGCCGCUGCGGAAAUACGGCUCCGUUUCGAGUUUUUCGAGCUUUGGCUCGCCCAAGACGCGCGCGUCCUCGAUCUUCAGUGCUUCUUCCGAUUUAUCGGAGCUGAGUCUGCUGGAGGACGACUCAAAGUUCAGUGACGACGCGUGCAUGCUCACUUUGAGCGAGGACCCGCUUGUGAACGAGUCGCUCGAGCGCAUUGCGAUGCUCAACAGCUACAAGCAUCUUUCUGCGCCAACAACGUCCAAGGAGAAGCUAAACUACCUAACAGUAACGAGACAGACCAAUCUGCCGCCAAAAGACCCACGUGAGGCUUCUAAGCAUACCAGAGACUACCAGCAGCUGCUGCAGACGCAGAUCGACCAGGAACAGAAAAAACUGGCCGAGAGGAAGAGACAGCUCGAGGAGCAGGCCAAACAGACGGAAAAAGAUCGUGCCGCGUGGCGGGCCGUGCUGCGCAACUACGACAGCCUCGUGUGCCUGGCCGAGACACGGGAGCUGUGGUGGCGUGGUGUGCCGGCAGACUUGCGCGUCAACGUGUGGAUUAGACAGAUGGGCAGGACGGAACUGACCGACUGUCAGAUCGUGCGAUAUCUGAACGACGCAGAUGAUAUUAUCAACAAAGCGUGCGAUUUCAAGGUUCAACGGCCCGAUCCAAAGGAAUUUGCCGCGCAGAACAGCAAAAACAUCCAGCUAAUCAAGAGCGUGCAAAACUACUCCGACCUGAUCCAACAGGCGUUUCCGAACCUGCUAAUAUUCCAAUACGGACAGGCGUUCGACUCGAUUCUCAAGGUGAUGCUCGCGUUCAACUUGCACCAGCGCGAGUCGACCAGCCGGCAGUUCCAGCAGAUCCAGCUCACAAACCUGGUAAAUCUUAUCUGCGUGCUCUACUACAAUUUGCGCGACGAAAAACUGACGCUGCGCAUGUUUGUGAAUUUGGUGUCGAAAAAACUCAUCUUCCAUCUUCUAGUGGACACAAACAGCGAGUACUUAGAGGACAUUGCGGGCCAGUUCGACAAGUUCCUUGCGAAAACAAGCCCUGCCAUCCACUCACAUUUCAAAGCCGUCGGCUUGCAACCACUAACGGUCAUCGCCAACACCGUGCCCAGUCUCUUCUCCAAAUGUCUCAACAUGGACGUGUGCAGCCGGCUCGUCGACAUCUACAUCUUCGAGGGCGACACGUUCCCGCUGCGCGUGCUGCUCGCGCUGAUCCGCAAAAUUCAGUAUAAAUUAUUGGGCUCCAAAGAAGAGAUCUGCAACGUGCUGGGCCACGAGUGUCUGGCGCAUCUAAACAGGUCCGAAAAAUAUGCAUACAGGUAUUUGGACGUCGGCGACGCUAUAGAGUUCAUCACAGAUGUCCGCACGGUGCUGCGUCGCCAAAGCGUACCACAAUGA